AUGGAUAAUGUUUCGGUGAUUACUGUGUUGACUCUCUCAGGGUUAUCUGGCACCGAAAACUACAGGAUUCCUCUCUUCAUCCUCACUUUACUGUGUUAUUGUGUGAUUUGUCUGCUGAAUGUGACCAUAAUCAUCAUCAUCUUUGUGGACAAAAGCCUUCAUGAACCCAUGUAUUUGUUCCUCUCAAAUCUUUGCAUCAAUGCUCUUUACGGCACGUCUGGGUUUUACCCCAAAUUCCUCACCGACCUUCUGUCUUCUUCUCAUCGUAUCACUUAUGCUGGAUGCCUCCUGCAGGGUUUUGUGCUGCACUCUUCAGCUUGUGCAGAGUUUUCUAUUCUUGUUCUACUGGCCUUUGACAGAUAUGUGGCAAUAUGUCGCCCCCUGGUGUAUCACUCUGUAAUGACUAACAGAGUGGCUGUCUUGCUGUUGUUUACUUGGCUUGUCCCUGUUUUUUUAAUCCUGAUGGGGACGAUAACAACAUUAACGUUGAGGUUAUGUGGAUCACACAUAUCAAAGAUUUACUGCAUCAACAUGCUGAUCAGGAAAUUGGCGUGCUCCGCCUCCAUAGUGUAUGUUGUUAUUCCUGCGUUUAACUAUACUUUUUAUAUUGGCCAUGUGGUUUUUGUUGUUUUGUCGUACAUGCAUCUGGUCAGGACAUGUCUCCGAUCCACUGAUAACAGGACCAAGUUCAUGCAGACGUGUCUGCCCCAUCUCAUCUCUUUAAUCGUUGUUGUCGUUACGUUGCUUUUUGAUUUGUUGUACAUGCUGUUCGGAUCAAAGGAGUUACCGCAAAGUUUCCAGAACUUUAUGGCAAUAGAAUUUCUCCUUAUUCCUCCAGUUGUAAACCCGCUAAUCUAUGGCUUCAAACUGGCACCAAUAAAAAACAAAAUUGCCCAGUCACUGAUCUGGUCUCGGUCACUGAUCCAGGCUGAGUCUCUGAUCCAGGCUCAGUCACUUAUCCAGGUCUGUUCACUGAUCCAGGCCCAGUCACUGAUCUGGUCUCGGUCACUGAUCCAGGCUGAGUCUCUGAUCCAGGCUCAGUCACUUAUCCAGGUCUGUUCACUGAUCCAGGCCCAGUCACUGAUCUGGUCUCGGUCACUGAUCCAGGCUCAGUCACUUAUCCAGGUCUGUUCACUGAUCCAGGCCCAGUCACUGAUCUGGUCUCGGUCACUGAUCCAGGCUCAGUCACUUAUCCAGGCAAAAGCAAAAGUUCAAAGUCUCCUGGCAACACCCUCGCUAAAUUGGAACCUGCUCAACUCCAUCAUCGCCCAAAUGCACAACCAGAAAGAUAUUCUGCCUGCUGAGGCAAAGACUUGUUGUUGGAUGGACCUUCAUCUGAUCUGCUCCAGGAUCCAGCUGGACACUCAACCCAAGAGGAGGCCUGGACACUGCAAAACUAUGAAAAGGUUCAACAACUCCAAGCUUGAAGACCCAAGAGCAAAAGCAGAGAUUGAGCAGCGCCUGAUGAAAGAAGUACUUCAUCCUGGCUCCUUACCGUUGGGAGGAACUCAAGACUGGAGUGGAAGUCUAUGA